AGAAUAGGGCAUGUCUUUGGUGUUGUUUUAAACACAUCAACAAAUUACUUAUGGUUCAUGUGACUUCACACUAUGAAAAUUGUGGAAGUUUAUCCCUAUGCUGAUACAGACCUGUGGCAUUGUAUUUCAAUGGGGAAAUCCCCACCAGCGAUGUAAAAUUGCAACAUAUUGUUAUUGAUUUAAGCGGGAAAGCCCAGUGUACUUUACUUUUCUGGAUGCUGUAAUAGUAAUCUCAGGACAGCCUUGAGAUUCGUUUUCUUGUGCGCAUUCACAGUAAAUACAAGAAACAAUGGAAUCUAUGAAAGACUGCACCCAACAGGACAGACACCAACCAAUGUGCAAAAGAUGGGCUGCGCAAAUACAAGAAGAAAUAAGAAAUACAUAAGCAAUAAAUGUUGAGAACAUAAGAUGAAGAGUCCUUGAAAAUGUCCCUGGUGGAUUUGGGGAAGAGGUUGUUGGAGGCAGCUCGAAAGGGUCAGGAUGAUGAAGUUCGGACACUGAUGGCAAAUGGUGCUCCCUUCACCACGGAUUGGCUCGGCACCUCUCCUCUUCACCUUGCUGCACAAUAUGGCCAUUACUCCACAGCAGAAGUCCUUCUCAGAGCUGGAGUUAGCCGAGACGCUCGCACCAAAGUUGACAGGACACCACUACAUAUGGCAGCGGCGGAGGGCCAUGCAAGCAUUGUAGAACUGCUAAUCAGGAACAAUGCAGAUAUAAAUGCUAAAGACAUGUUGAAGAUGACAGCUCUACACUGGGCAGUAGAGCACAACCAUCGCGAGGUGGUGGAGAUUUUACUGAAAUAUGGAGCAGAUGUUCAUGCUCUGAGCAAGUUUGAUAAAAACGCCUUUGACAUCGCCCUUGACAAGCACAAUCCUGAUCUGGUGGCAAUGUUGCAGGAAGCCAUGCAGAAUCAGGUGAACACAAAUCCAGAGAGGACAAACUCGGUUGCUGUCGCAACCCCUCAGUUCAUCAUCGCACCAGCGGGGGUAAUGAAUCUGACCGGGUUAGUUUCUUCAGCACCUACCAAAACAACCUCAGCUGUGAAAGAGGAGGUUGUAACUACAGACUCUGUUGACUCUGCGAUUCAACAGGUGGUAGGGAGUGGAGGUCAGAGGGUCAUCACCAUAGUGACUGAUGGUGGCGUACAGCUGGGCAACCUUCAGGCCGGCCUAAGUACUGGUCAGCCGUUCAUUGUGACCAUGCAAGACGGACAGCAGGUUCUGACGGUCCCCACUUCCCAUGUCGAAGAAGAGACCAUCAUCACAGAAGAAAUGGCAACAGGGAAACAGUGUCAGGAGACGGUCCUUAACCACUCAGAGCCAAUGGAGAAGGAGAUGGAUGCAGAGUCUAUAGAAGGGAGACAAAGCAACAUCAACUUCUUGGACCCUAUACAGAUUAGAGAAGGAACGUUUGCUGUCUUAAGGCAAAUUAGGGUUGAUAAAUCUCUGUGGCCUGCCAAGGAGUUCUCUCGCACCCUGUGGGAGGCAAAUGCAGAAAUUGAAAAGGAUGCGAACGACUCUAUGGAGAGGGAGCUCCUUCAGAAACAGCUCCAUGAAGCAAACAGGAAGGCCCAGGAGUAUCGACAGCAGCUGCUGAAGAAAGAGCAGGAAGCAGAAGAAUACCGCAUGAGACUGGAAGCCAUUGCCCGGCUGCACACCACAGCUGAAGAAAUCACCGUGGUGGAGGAGGUUACAGAUGAUGGCACUGUCUCAGUCAUCAACAUGGCGACAGAGGUGGAGGGUCCUGAGACCACAGUGGAAACAAUGGAGCAGCCCCUGGACAUGGCAACAGAAACAGUGACUUCAUAAAAGCAUCCUUGCCUCCUCCUCAUUUUCUGACAGCCUCUUUCUGGUGUGCACGUGCACACACGCACACUCUAAGACGGUCAUAGACACCUGAGCAAAGCAAAAACAGCUUAGGGUCAGGCUGUUGCUCACUGCCACGCCACAGAAAUUGCAUAGAGACUCCUUUAGGAGAUCUAUACCAGGAAACCUCUGAACACUAGCAGGUACAAUUCUACCAUAAAUGGUUUGGGAUAGGAAACCUAAUCCACAUUUCCUGAUUAUACAGAGAACAAUCCCAUUGCUGGGAUGCAGGUGUGGAAGGGAAGCCUAUAAACACUGUGACUGAUGAUUUAUGAUUUAUCUUUUUUUGGUUGAAGGGAAGGCCAAUGGAAUAUUGCUGAUCCCACCCACCACCAGUGUACCCAAGCUCCUGCUCACUAAGAACAGGCUUCUCUUGGCGUUGGUUGUUUGAGAUUUUGUUAUCUUUAAGUACUUCAAACCAAAAAAAGCUGAAAUUUCUUGCCUCAAUUACGGAGAAAAGUGAGUGGAUAAUUUUAAAUUAUUUUUAAAUACAGAAUCUUCCACUGUAUAGUAUGCAAUCAUUCAGGGGGAAGAUAUUUGGGGGUUGGAGAGAUUGGGAAAAGAGUUCAGUGUUAGUCUUUUUUUUAAAGCAAAUGUUUUUGGAAUGAUAUUUGGUAUUUUCAAGCUUUUGAUAUCCUCAGCGAUGACUGUGUUCUAAACAUACUUACCCCCAGAAUGUGGGUAGGAACCAAGCUUUUUACUUUCUGUCAGCGUUUCUGGAAAAGUUUAUAAAGCCCCUUUGAUCUGUAUUUUGUAGGUGUUUCUGACACUGCUCAGAAAUGUCUUGAAAGGACACCAAUUGCAGUGAUUACUUUUUUAUGGAGGCAAAGGUUUGACUAGUAAUCUAUAGUGCUGGUUGCUGCCUGUCUCUUUGAGCACAGUAUUUCUCAUCUUUACAAACACAGAAGGAACAGUUGGUCCUUUGUAGGUAACUGUAAAGUGGAGGAGAUACAGGGCAAGGUUGAUGUAACUGUCUUGUCUUCAAUUUUGUUCAUUUCACUUUUUCUGAUGCUUGUUUUCAAGCUUAACCUGGGAGGGACCCAUUCUUUUGCUAGAAAGGUGAAUGGUUUAUGAUUCUAUAAUUAAACUUAGUGAUAACUUUACAAAUGUCAACUACGUUUAGAAAAUUCACUUUUUCUGACUACUUUAUCCAUUCAGAUCUACUUUCAUCCACACACUGUUGAACUUGAAGAUUUCUCUUUUUAAAAAGUGGGAAAUACUUUAAAUGCUUUUAUUCUUUGCCAUUACUCUGUGAUCCAGCAUUUGUUGAAUCACAAAAGAUGGGUAUUGUAGAAGGCAAUGCCAAUUGGCUUUGCUAGCUGGUGUACCUUGUCUCCAAAUAUCCCAGCUGAUCAUGUUUACAUGAGCAAGGCCAGUGAAUCUGAAGGCUGCUUCAAGAAUCUGAAGUUGGGAUUCACUUUAUCAUAUCUUCUGCGUGUUCAUUUCAUUUGCAGAAAUGUUCCCUCACCUCCAGGCUAGCUUCACUUCUAAUGUUGUAGAUUGCAAAUUUCUCAGUGAUUCGAAGGUCAACUGUGUGGAGUGAGAGUUACGAGAUCCCUACAGUCCCACAGAAGAGACUGCAGUGGAGCAAUCUACAAUGUUUGUGCACAAGAGGUGCAGUAAAGUGGGUGAUUUUCCCUUAAAGAGGAGGAUCUAUUGAGAGGAAUUCCCACUUUACUACCUUCUGCAGCCACACUAAUGCCCCCUGCCCCCAUCCCAAGAUGUACUUUUAACUGGUGGUCAUCUGUAAAAUGAACCACGAUGACACAUUUGCUGACAGAGUGGAAUAUUUAUACAAUUAUCAAGGCUUUCCAAAAGCACUUCCUAUACAAAGGCUAAAUAACAACUGCACUUGAGAUUUAGUAACUUUUUAAUGAAUUAUUUUUUAACUAAACCUUCUCUGUUCAGGACAUUGGCUCUACAACCAUGGUCUUGCUUCCGUUCUUCUAUCCCUUUCUUUAUCAUUUGAAAAGAACAGUACUUUUUAAAUUAUUUUUGUUGUCAUCUAAGGUGCCUGAUUUAGUUAUUUUGAAACUGAAUAUUCAGAUUACCUGGUAGUUGGUAUUAAUGCACCAUUUAAAAUGGUGUCUUUUUUUUUAAUCAAAUGUACAUUUAGUGUCAUAUUCAGCCUGUGGUACUGGGCAAGAUCGCUGACUUUUUUUUGUCAAGUGAGGAAUUGUUGUUGGAGGCACAGGGGGCUGUUUCAAUCGGCCGCUGGGAUUUGACAGCAUUAUUGCUCAGGCUGGCUGCCUGUACAUGUAACAAGUGAAUGUCAAUUUACCAGUGUCGCAGCCCACGGAGAAACAUCCCUAGUUAGACAAACCAAGAAUGAAGGUGGCCACAGUGUAAAUAUCUUUGUAAAAAGGCUGCACUCUUCAUUAAUUAGUCAGAAGCAACACUAUCCGUUCCAGGUUCUUUGGAUCAAAACUUUAUUGAGGUUUCAUUGGCAUCCACUCGUUUAAUUUGGGCAGCUAUGGCCCGCCCAUUACUGUCCCCAUUCUCUCCCCCUCCUUGUAAUAACUGGAGUUCUUCCUUAUUAAUGUGUGAUUAUGCUUCUACUUUCACUGAUUAAUUGAUUAUUGCUUUGAGUGUUGUGUGAAAUAAAUUUCAUUUGCCUGUUGGUUUUUAAGUGGUACCUCUGAGGGGGAAGAUAUAUUGACUGGAUCCAAACUAUUUUCCUCUCCAUUUGUAAUAUUUCUGGGGUGGCCAGGAAUCCUCUGAGCUCUUGAAUUUUUGAUUCCAGAAAGUUGGUUUGGCCAACAAUAGUGAGGUUCGGUGAGGAUUGUCUUCUUCCCCAACUUGCAAUGGACCUGGUUAUGAUGAGAGAAUGGAACCUACAGAUCAGAAUGCAGUACCAUGCUAGAGCUAAGGUCACUGUUCAAAUGGAAUGAUGGGGCAAGGAAUGAUACAGGUACUGUAGAAUAGAUAGGGAGCAGCUGGUGUUGGGCUGUCUGUAUAUCCUUUGUGUUUACUGUGUUUAUCUCCCAAUAGAGGGUGCUAUUGGACUAAUGCAAGAAACAAAUUACAGUACGUGCAGCUAGAUUUGUGAUGUGUACUGAUGCUGUUAUUGUAAUACUGUCAGCACGAGGAGACGGACCCCAUUUUCUCUGCGCUCUCCCAUUUGUUUUCCUAUUUUGCCAGCAAUGAACCUCCUAGCCAGGUGAAUCUAAAUGUCACAGCUUGAAGCUUUCCUUCUCCUUUAGGAUACCUUUCCUACCUCAAAAGUUUUUGUGGCUACAUCUUCAGCUAACUCUCCAGGUGAGAAUAGAAUCCACUCCUUGUUUUCCUAAUGUUAGCAGCCAGUCUGGGAGCCCUUUCCUAUUCUGGUUGAAUGUUUCCUGUGUCCAUACAGCAUCAAAACAUUAAUUGCACUGGUCCAGGUGAAAUAUUGUUGAAAACCCAAGGAAGAUAAUUGGCAACUUAGCACAGUACUCUGUGCAUGUUGGUCACACAGUGGGGUUAGGGUGUCAGUCUAGAAAUUAUUGUUAAGUUAUGGUUAUCCUGACAAUAUGAAAGGGGAUGGUCACUCAGUUGAAGGUGGUGACAAGGGAUCUGGAGAAUGGUGAAGUACGAUGUGACUGUAUUACUCAGCACUGAUGAAACCUGCGUCAUCUGGGGAGAAUAGUUUCAUGUUCCCCGAGCUCAGGAACUCCAACCUAACUUUUGUGAUUUCUACUUCCAUUUGUAAAAAUGUCUCUCUUAUCUGAGACCCAUAGCCUGUCAGAUUUAAAAUCCUGUGGUACUUUGUGCUGCAAAUUGUCUUCCUGCUUCAGUACUUUGUAGUGAAGAUCAGUGACACAUGUCCUAGACCUGAAAUUGACUGAUACUUAGAAGUUCUCUUCCCUGCCCCUCGUCCUCCCCCCCCCCCCCAAACCAGUCACUUUCAGUGGUUAUCCAGCCAGUCAUCAGGGACAAGCCUGGAAAAUUCUCCCCUCCUGCUUUCCGGCUAUUCACCUGAAACUAGCAGUCUGAGGGGUUGGAGGAUGGAACAAAAUAAGCAUUAGGUAAUUACGCCAAAGCUGGGGUGGAGCUUGGCCAAGACAAGUUCAUUCUGUACCACUUGAGAGCUUCAGCUGCUCACUGGAUAACUGAACUGUAACCCGCCAUGGUCAGGUGUUCUGAAUGCAGCAGAGGUUGUCUCUGUCUGUGGCUCAACAGAGAGUGAAACAUGGGUCCAGAAACUAAACUUCAGUCAUGUUAAAGUUGUCUGCAUGGCCAUCAGGCUUGAUUAGAUAAUGAACAAGCUGCGUAACUAACUUGCCAUGUGCAAAGAGAAAUUCCUGUCUAAUCAGGAUUAGUGGGAAAGCAGCCAACCUUAAGUCAUAAAACAGGGUGGAUGUGUGGGGCUCAGUUGUUGGGGUUAAGGAAAAUAUGUACGUUGUUGACAAUACGAAACUCCUUUAUGUCAGACUGCUGCCAGUCUGAAACACCUAUACUUGGUGUUUGUUGCUUGUUCUGUAUGGAAUGGGCUUCUGGAAACUAAGGUUUUUAAAAAUGGAGAAUCCAUAAUCUUUCCAUUUCAGGCUUGUGGAAGGGUAGGGUUUAGGUGGGUGGGAGAAUAAGUAACUAACAAUCCUCUACAAACAUCACGUUUGUAUUGUUUCUGUGGAAGGGAAGGUGAUGAACUUCAGCAAGAACAGUGUUGCUAUUUUGCACCAUCUCCUUUGUGCUCAUUCCACUAUGAAAGUGGAUGUUAUCAGUGUCCAAAUAUCCUGGGGUUGUCUGCACCACCCCUAUAACACAUCAGUUACCUUCCUCAUACUACUGCAUCUUGUGUUUUGUAAAUAUCUUACUGUUGUGUUCAAUAACCUGUGAGGUUUAUUGGCUGGACUGCUUACUUUUAAAUGUGGCAGAUGAGUGUCUGAGAUCCAGGGGGGGCAAAUAGAUUCUCUCAGUGGCUCCCCCAUUCCUUGUGUUACCAUUGCAUUUCCAGCUGCCAGUGUUCAUUGUACAGCUGUGGUCUUGUCCACUCUGUGUGUCUGGCUAUUUUAAUCCUGCUUGGCCAGCCAGCAUUGCUCAGGAAAGGCAUUUAUAUCCAUAUUUGUUUUCCUACGAUUUUAUCUAGAUUCUGCAUUUACCAAUUCAAAAGCUUGCAGUUCUUAGUGACCCUUUAAAAUUAUCAGUGGCCCAAUAAGGGAAUGAAUUCUCAUUGCCUGUGGCUGUGAGGAAGCCUUGAAUCAUACCUGGUGCGCCUUUAGUACAAUGUACUGUUACAGAGUUUCAGUAUCUUAUGUACAGAAUUCCUUGACAACUAGCUUUGUUUUUAGAAAAUGAUACAGAUUGUUAAAUAAAUCUUGUAUAUACAUUUUUGUACCAUUAUUAAGGGCAUACCUUUCCUAA